AGUGUGGCGCGCACGGCCCUGCGACCCGCCCGCCGGGGCUGCUGCUGUUGGAAGCGAUCCGAGGCUGGCGCAGCGGUGAGAUUCUCGGGAGGUCGUUCCUGCCCAACAGUCGAUCGAUCGAGCGAUGGCGACGAGGAUCUCAGAUCGUCCGCUUGCGUUCUGGGGAGGACUAUUGCACGCGAGGCCCACCGGGGCCCGUCCCGGAGCGAUCGAGCGGGGCAGCGAGCGAGAGAGGGAGGAGGAGGAGGAGGAGGGGAGGGAGGGAGCAGGAAUGGAGAAUCGGCUGGCCAUAAGGGAGGAGGGCGGAUAGGUCACACACACGAUUGCUGCCAGCAGCGAGCUCCGAGGCCAGCAGCCAACAGCGCUGAUUGUUGCAGCGACAGUGGGCUUCUAGAUGGUGGUGGCCUGGGCCAGCAGCUGACUGGCAUGAAUGCGUAUCUCGCAGAUAUGAUAUCGGAUGGGAUAGCGCGGCUGGAGCACCAGACUUUGCUCAUCGUUCUCAGGCUGGAAUGCUUACAGCAUUCACUCAUAUCCCAGGCCUGACGCAAGCAGCUGGGGCCCCAUCAUCCUCAAUCUACCUUCUCGAAACGCAAUUCAACUCAAUGCCCACUGAACCGUCUAACAGUUUUCAAGCAAUCCUCGUGUCCAAGCGCAUGCGCCUCGUCUGUGACCUCGGAUGCGAUGGAUCUCAAGGAUUAGGUGUACAUGGGUCGCGGUCGCAAUCUAAGAAGAAGAACAACCUCAGCAGCAUCGUUAACAGCACAUGCACUCAAAAUGUCCUAACUAUUGGCUAUCCUUAUCCUCAUCGGCUAGCACAGAGACAGAGGCAGAUUCAUAAUCUGGGAGGCAAACUGUUGUCGCAAGAGUUGAGGUUGAGUGCAGGAUUUCGAGCCAAACACCGGAUCCAGGUGAAGGGAAUGCUGUCCCCGAAGCAAUUGGAACGCGAGUUGGCCAGGAAUUCGAUCGGAGCUUUCUCGCUGUUUUGCUCCUGCGCCGCAAUCCGAAGAAGCUCUGCUGGCGCACGCAAGGUGCGCCUGAGAGCCAAGAUCCGUGCCGGUUCUGGCCCUUGCCUCGCAGUUUGAAGUCCAGACUGACUGGGAGUAAGAUUUCUCGACAUCGCUCUUGGAUGACAGUGCUUGCAGUCCCUCCCAGCUGGAUGACGGUCGUUGAUACUGUGAGGAUCAGAUGAAGGGAACGCAGAUUUCCUUCAACAAGGCGAUAAUCAAGGCAAUCAAAGUCGUUCAGCAUCUGGGGGACGCAAGUUCGAAGUCGAAGGCGGAAAAGAAGCUCAAGGAAGCAGAAGCAGAGGACCUCUUCGAGACAGAAGACUCGCCCAGAGCGGCGGCGCACGAAUCCUCUUCCAACCCGGCCAAGCACGGCAAGUGGACGACCAAGUGCAUCAAAGCUGGAGGGAAAGGGAAGGCUGGUGCCGACAGAUUGCUCAAGGCUGCGAAAGGGAGAACCCUGAGCCAGGUUCUGAGCCAAACGUCCAAAAGAUUGGAGGCUCCAUCGUAUGCUCAAGCUCACGCUCAUGCGCUGCACGCCCAUGCGUCGUCAACGACUGUGGACCAUAAAUCUGCGCAUUCCACAGCUGCACCAUCAUCAUCAAAGGCGUCCAAGGCGUCAAAGGCGCUAACUUCAGAUCCUCCGAUACAAAUCCUUAUGUGGAUCGGAGACCAACAUAUCGAUAUAGGUAAAACAUUGGUUCCCUACUAAGUAUAAAGGGAGUACGAUUACGCCGCUGUCUGCACAACAUCAUCACAUUGAACACCGAACUGAAGUCCGAUUCGUCGAGCUUAACCUCGGCUCAGAAGCCGUGCGAUGAUUUGGAACUUAAUUGCAACUUAACAUCAUUCGAGAAAUCGGCCGAAUUGCUGAAUGGCCGGCAAUUGAUGACAUUGGCCAACCACUGUCAUCGUUAGUUGAAUUAUUUAACAAACUCGUCAUAAUGUUAUUGAAGGAGAUUUAUCCUCCGAGUACAUAUAAUAAUAUCGAUUCUCUGGAGAAAGUUCAAGUAUGUGCUAGCAGAAUUGCGCAUCCUG